AUGACACCGAUGAAACUAAAAUCGUCUACAUCCAAAUCUGGAGCAAAAUCAGCGACACCAAUGCCAACGACAACGCCUGGAUCAACACCAUCAACCACAUCCACCUCGACCCCGGGAACAACACCAUCACCAAUGAGUCCAAAUCAACCAAAAUCGAAUUUUCCUAAUUUUAAAAUUUUUAUUGAAUACUGUGUAGAAAUUGAUAUGAACAAUCAAUCAUUCACUUCACAGCAUUUAGAUGCUCCAGUAUCAGCUAAGAAUGGAUUGGUUAAAUUUGUCAAUAUUGACAGAAGUUUAUUGUUAAUGUUGACAGAGAAAGAAAUGUUCCUAGACAAACCAUUAUGGUGGCCAGGUACAACUGAAUUAUGCAUUAACUAUGGAUGCUUAUAUGAUGUGAUUUUAUCAAGAUCAGAUGAAAGAAAAUUCGCCUUAGACAUUAAAUCCUAUAAUCCCGGGAAACGCCUAAUUCAUGUCUUCUCAUCAGUUAGCAGAGAUGAUCGAGACAGAUUGGUGACAACACUUAAAAGAAAUGUUGAACACCAUCAUGAAAUGAUAAAUCGUGAAAAGGCAAUGCAACAACAACAAGCCACUUAUUAUUUAAAUCAAGCUAAUGCUCAAAAACCACCUGGAUCCUAUGUCGACCAGACAAUAAAUGCUAAAGACUCAAAUGCAACGCCUAUCCUUCCAUCACCACAAAAGAAACAGUCAUCUGGUCGAUUUGGAAAAAAGCCAGCUUUAAAAUCACCGGUUAAACCACUCUCAUUUGAAGAUUUUCCACAUUCCAGUAGUGCGACUUCCCCGAAAAUAUUUAACUUUAAUAAUGCUGAUUGUGAAGCUUACGGUUAUUCACCAACUAUAUAUCCAGUUAGUCACUCAAAUGACAAUACAAAUCAUCAGCAUAGAAACAGAUCACUUAGUCCUACACCACUACAGUGUACAACACCAGAAAUUUAUCAUCCUAAACAAUCUCAAAUGUCACGGUAUCCAAGAUUCGAGGAGAAAGCAAAUCAAGCUGAUGGAACUUUGCUGCGUACAAGAGCUUUAUCUAGAUCACAACCACAAUUAGCCUACUCUUAUGAUAAUGCCUAUAAUUAUCAAGAUGAAUAUGUGCAUAGAGUUGAAAGCCAAAGCAGUUAUAGAUCACCUGGUUAUACAUCUCAUUCACCAAUUGUACCAAAAUAUGUCAAUACAUCAGCGUCAGCGUCAGCAGCAGCAGCGGAUACACCAAAUCGAGUGGUUCGCUAUAAUGAUGAUGUUUAUGAACAGGAAAUCAAUGAUGCCAAAAGUAUUAAACUUAAUGGUGAUGACUUAGUGCUAAAAAUUAACUGUUAUAAUCCUGAGACUCGUUCAAAAUCACCUGGAGCAACGCAUAUUGUUCGUAUUAGUCAUGGAGAUGAUAGUGAAAAGAAUGGUCGAAAAAAAUUGCAGUAA